AUGUCUUCCUUCAUUGACCAGGUAAUUACUGCGCCAAAUUCCAAAUAUCUGUCAAAACUAGCCAACAACAGAGUGGUCGUAUUCGGAGGAUCCUCUGGCAUCGGUUUCGCCGUGGCAGAGGCUGCAAUUGAGCAUGGCGCCUAUGUGACCAUCGUCAGCUCCAACGCGCAGAAGCUAGCAGAUGCCCAGUCCAGAAUCGUGGCCAGAUACCCUGACCGCGGCGAGUAUAUCAGCAGCGCAGUGUGUGAUCUGUCAAAGAAGGAUGAUGCUGAGACUGAGAUCGAGAAAGCCCUUGACCUUGCUGCCAACACCGGCCCCUCGACCCCUGGCCACGUCGACCACAUCGUCUUCACGGCCGCUGGUUCAAUAGAAACAAAGCCGCUCUCGGAGCUGACGGCUAGCUCCAUCGAUGAAGCCUUUGCUGUCAUGUUUCUGGGCGGCGCGCUGGUCGCAAAGCAAGCAUCUAAAUACCUUCGAAAGAGCCCAUCAUCGUCUCUUACGUUUACCGGCGGCGUCAACACCUACAAGCCCGGAGACGGUUGGGAGGUCUUGGCUGGACUCGGUGCCGCGAUGGAAGGACUGUCAAGAGGUCUUGCGGUUACCAUGAGGCCCGUCAGGGUGAACCUCGUUUCUCCCGGCGCUGUGAUAACGGAGAGAUGGGAAAGGUUUGGGGAAGCCAUGGGGCCUAUCGCUGAAAAGUUCAAGGGGGAGACAACCACAGGAUCAUUGGGGACACCUGAGGAUCUUGCAGAGGCCUAUCUGUAUUUGAUGAAGGACAAGUUUGCCACUGGUUCGGUUGUCCAUAGCAAUGGAGGCCGAUUGUUGGUGUGA